CAGAAAUAAUGGCAAAAAACCACGAUGGAAGUACCCAACAGCAAGACUCAGAUCACUACGACGGAUAUGCGACUGAACUUCGAGACAACUUCGUGUUGUCGGAAAACUUGGGCCGAGGCUCAUUUGGUCUGGUGAAAUUGUGUAUAUCAAAAGACAACGAGAAAGAGUAUGCCGUAAAAAUUGUAUCCAAGAGGGCUUUGCAGAAGAAGGCGGGAUUCUCGCGGCGCUUUCCAAGAAAUGCUGGGCCUGUGCGAACUCCGUUGGAUCAAGUAUACGCUGAGAUAUCCAUCUUGAAGAAGCUGGACCACCCACACAUUGUGAAGUUGUUCGAAGUGUACGAUGACGAGAACUCGGACGACCUCUGCAUGGUAUUCGAGUUCCUUCCCGGAGGCCCCAUCGCACCCGAGUUCCCCACGGACGAAGUGCUGAGCGAAGAAAAGGCCAAAAAGUAUUUUGUUCACACCUUCUUGGCCAUGGAGUACCUGCACCACCAGAAUAUCAUUCACAGAGACAUCAAGCCAGAAAACAUCCUUGUUGAUGCUGAAGACAAUGCUAAACUAGCCGACCUCGGAGAGUCCAUUGAACUACACGGAGACGACGAUAUAGUCAAGGGAACGAAAGGAACCCCUGGAUUCCUAGCUCCAGAGCUGGUCGAUCUGGACUCAACGGACGAAGCGAGAGGUAUGCCAGUGGAUAUCUGGGCACUAGGCGUGACUUUGUAUGGAUGUGUAUUUGGAGACAUACCUUUCACAGGGGAAACGAGGAUGGAAUUGUAUGAGAAUAUAGCGAAGCAGCCCUUGAUCAUUCCGAAACGACCUCCAGUUUCGGAUGAAUGCAGAGAUAUGAUUGCACGCCUUCUAGAAAAAGACCCCAAAUUAAGAAUCACGGGAAACCAAAUUCGGGAACACCCCUGGCUGAUGUCGUACGAGGGAACGAUCCCAGCUCACAAGACCAAUCGAGGAGCUGUGGUGAGUAUCUCGUCGGCCGACAUAGAGAACUCAGUCAGCAAAGUGAACACCGCGAACAUCAUCACCAUUGCCAAAAUCAAGUCGAUGCUGAUGAGAAAGAGGUCGAGUAGGUUCUCCAAUCUGGUGCCCCCAGGGGGAAGUGGAACUGGGAGUCCAUUGAGUCAAAUGAUGAGUUCGGUCAACUCGCAACAACUUACUGCAAGUACUGCCGACGCCGAAUCCAAUAUUCAAACUAGCACUUCUAUGUGACCCAAAAUUGAUUGAUCAAAGUCGAGUUUGAGUUGCCGGGUUAAAAUUGUUUGCGACUCGAAACAGUCUAAUUCUGAUUAGAAGUGUCGCAAACGUCUUACAAAUUUCAAAUGGCUUGAAACCGGUAACUUGUCAUUCUGGGAUCCCUUCGGUUGUGUGUAACAUACUCUGCGAGAAGAUGAGGAUAAACUGUAGUUUUCAUUGUUGUGCCUAUGCUUUGUAAAUACGAUAUUCGUUUGCGCUGGCUUUUUCGUUUUUUUACUAAAGAUCCUUACUAGCUAGUCAAGUCUUACUUACUAGUUACUUAACUGCAAAAAUCUAAGCUCAGUAGUAUUUAAAUGCUCAACAAUGGUGCAAUAAUUCAUUCAAAAGAGCUCCAAACAACAAGAGUCCUUUUUUUACUCAAAAUAACUUGAUAUCAGAAAUGUGCAUUCUUUGAAUAUUUCGGCAAUUUUAAAAGAACCAUAUAGUUUUAGUUUAGUCUCUUCACUAUUUGUACAUUUUGAUACUUUGGAAGUAUUGUGACAUGGAAA